GGAUGGUUACUAAAAGGGUUUCAGUUACUUGAUCAUUAUUCAUCAUUUUAUUUUGACUUGUUUUUUUUUCCUCUCUGUCUCUUUUCUUUUUUUUUUUUUUUUGAUAAAAGAUGUUGGGAAACCUCAUUACCAAUGGUUUUGUAUUGGUUUUUGGAUAUGCAUAUCCAGCUUUUGAAUGUUACAAAACUAUUGAGAGGAACAAAAUAGAGAUUGAUGAACUUAGAUUUUGGUGCCAAUAUUGGAUCAUUGUAGCUGCCUUGAGAAUCUUUGAAAGCUUUGGUGAUUUGUUCUUGUCAUGGUUAUCAAUAUAUGGUCAUGCAAAAUUGGCAGUUUUCAUCUACUUAUGGUAUUCAAAAACAAAAGGCACAACAUACAUCUAUGACAACAUAUUGAAGCCAUUUGUGGCAAAGCAUGAAACAGAUAUUGACAGGAAUUUACUGGAAUUUAGAGCCAAUGCAUGGGACUUGGGAAUUUAUUAUUGGCAAAAUUGCUCAGACAUUGGACAAGUAAAGUUCUGGCAAUUACUUUCAUACAUAGCUUCUCAGUCUAAAAGAGGAACACAACCUAAUUCUGAGGUAUUAUCUUCAUAUAUUUUGUUUAUAAUUAGAUACACCCCCAAACUUGACAUGUGUUGCUAGUUGCAUACUUAAAAGUCAGGGGUGGACUUAGGUGUAAAUAUUUGGGGUUCACCCACUCAUUAAACCCGAUAAAGAGAGAUAUAAUUACUAC